AUGCUUGUAUCGGUUGUAUCAGGUCAAGCUACUGUAACCCAGGAACACCAAUUUCUUUCCAUUAAGGAAGGAGAUUCUACCCUCUUGAACUGCUCCUAUCAUGAAGUGGAAUAUAGUCUUCAGUGGUACAAGCAAUAUCCAGGAGGCCCACCAGACUUCAUGAUCUCACGGAGUUCAUCAGGGACCCAACCAGAGGAUAAUUUUGAAAUGACUCUGGACAAAAAGAAAAGGACAACCUCUUUGUAUCUGAAGAACACCCAACUUAAGGACUCAGCUGUCUAUUUCUGCGCAUGGAGCACAGUGCUACAAAGACACCUGCUGGUUGUCACCAAAGUGGAAGACAACCAAGACAAAGACAUUGAGCUCCUUUUCUUCUUCUUUGAAGAAAGAUCAGGAGAAGAUCUUGAGCCACAGCCUCAUAACAUCAAAGAUCUAAGUUUUGCUUCUCAACCACGAAGCUUCUACACUGGAUCAUCCUGCGAAACUCCAAAAAUUGAAAAUCGAAGAACUUUGGCUAUAAUAUUGAAUUCGAUAAAUGGGAAAAUUUUUGAGGAACAAACUUAA